CAUUUUGUUCUAGAAAGCUUAACAUUUUCUUCAUUCCAAUUUGCAACUACGAAAGAAAUCUCCGAGAAAAUAUGAAUCCACCGGAAAACAGUGACGAUCCCCAGCUCCCUACCAUCAAGAUUCGCCACCCUUCUCCACCCCACCACCCUUCCUCCACCGCUACUCCCACCGCCGGCGCUUGCCGCAAGAUCGGCGUGGGUGUCGACCUCUCCGAUGAGUCUGCUUUUGCCGUACGCUGGGCCGUCCAUAACUACAUCCGUCCUGGGGAUGCUGUCAUACUCCUCCAUGUCUCCCCUACCUCCGUCCUUUUCGGUGCCGAUUGGGGCCCCCUUCCGCAGCACUACUCCAACUCCUCUUCUGCCGAACAGCCUUCCCAGCAGCAGCUGGAAGAAGAUUUCGACGCCUUUACUGCAUCUAAGGUUGCUGAUCUCGCUAGACCCUUGAAAGAAGCUCAGAUUCCUUACAAGAUCCAUAUUGUUAAGGAUCAUGACAUGAGGGAAAGACUGUGCUUGGAGGUGGAGAGGCUAGGGUUAUGUGCUGUGAUCAUGGGGAGCAGAGGCUUUGGUGCUGAGAAGAAAGGGAGUGAUGGCCGGUUGGGGAGCGUUAGUGACUAUUGCGUUCAUCACUGCGUCUGCCCCGUUGUAGUUGUCAGGUACCCGGAUGACAAGGAAGGUAGCGGAGGAGAGCCCAUAGUCACUAUCAAGGAGGCAGAGGAGGAAGAUGUUGCUGUGAAGCCAGAGGGUCUCAAAGAUGAUUAAUGGUAGUUGGGGGCUGCUGCUUCAUCCCCCCUCAGCAACAGGUACACAUCUUGUUAUGAUACCAAGAGAAGGUUCCAAAGUAAACAAGGAUUAGCCGAUGCGACUAGAAAGUAGAAAUGCUAUCGUAUUUGAGAUGAACUGCAUUUUUUUUAAAAUCGAUUGUAGAUUUCCGUUUCACCUCCAUGUCACAUUCUGUCAUGUAUCAACUCACCAAGGAGGGAUAAUGUUACUCUAUGGUUGAGCAAGUGUUUGAUUUUCGUUGAUGAUACUGCAGUGUGGUAUAUUAAUAAUUCUCAAUAGCUUGCUUGUAGUUUCUAUUUUUAUGAGCCAUGGUGUUUGCUUGUGAAAAAAUUGAGCCAUUUUCA